AUGUCGUCGAGAACGAUCGUCUCCACGACGUUGGCGUACACGGGAGGGUACAUAUUUCUCGUCCUCUUGGCGGUGUGUUUAGCCACCGCGAGUACUGUACGAGUCUUCCUCUCUGACGAACUCGUUACCCUCUCUCUCACUGUCUGCGUGUUUUUACUCUCGCGCUUUCAUAAAACAGGUCUGUAUUACCUCGCGGAAAUGGUCGAAGAGUACACGCGUUUUGCGAAGAAAUUCCUCCAAAACGCGAUCAAAGCUACCGUGUGUAUACACGUGCUUUUAUUUUUCGUCGACGGCAUGCCGUUUACCGCGUGUCUCGUGGGAGGUUUGUCACAAAUCGCGUAUUCGAGAUUACUCAAGAGAUACCCGUUUAUUGAAGUACAAACGAUGGAAUUCAUGGGUUCAGUCGUGAUGUUGAUCUUAACGCACGUGUAUUGGAUGCGAUACUUCCGCGAGGAGAGGUAUUCGACGGAAUACGCCAUGGGAUUUUUCUUGUGCACGACGUGGUUGGUGCCGUUUGGGUUUUUUAUUUCCUUGGCGGCGAACGAGAGCGUGUUGCCGGGAGGCACGAGUGGGAUUGGGGGCGGUCCCGGAGCGGCGACGGGGGGGAUUAGUGGGAAUGGCGUGUACGGUCCGGGAUCGAACGGGAGUAAUAGCAGAGAGAAGAAACGAAGCAACGUGGUGUUGCAAAUUUUAGACUGGGUGAAGAUGAAGUGGGAGAUGCUGGUGAGGGUGGUGUUUCCGAGAGGUGUCCAAGCGUCGUAUAAGAGCGGGUUGCACACGUAUUAA